AUGUCGAUGUCAUCAAAGUUUUGGACUCAGCAGGAUGGAGAGAGUGAGACUGAUGAGGAGGCAAGCGAAUAUGACGAGCAGGAAGAGAAUGAGACUGCUGACCAGCAGGCUUCCGCAAAGCCCGUGAGCAAAUACAUAAUCUCCCAAGACAGUGACAGUGAUGACUCGGACGGGCAGCGCCGUGUCGUGCGCCGUGUCAAGGACAAGCGCUACGACGAGAUGGCAGCUACAGUCGACCAGAUGCGCAAUGCUAUGAAGAUCAAUGACUGGGUCAGCCUUCAGGAGAGCUUCGAGAAAAUCAACAAGCAACUGGGCAAGGUCAUGCGAGCCACCGAGUCCGACCGGCCUCCCGGGCUCUACAUCAAAGCCCUCGUCAUGCUAGAGGACUUCCUUAACCAGGCCCCCUCUAACAAAGAGGCCAAGAAGAAGAUGAGCACCAGCAAUGCCAAGGCCCUAAACUCCAUGAAGCAGAAGCUCAAUAAGAACAACGAGCUGUACGAGGACCUCAUUAACCAGUGCCGUGGGAAGCCCGAGAUUUUCGAGGAGAAGCCGGAUAACGAACCCGAGGAUGACGACGAGGAUGAUGAUUUUGAUGAGGACCCUGCAGCUAUUGUCUCAGAGGAGAGUGAGGAUGAGGAUGAGGCUGGGAAGGACGAGGGCCCGAAAGGGCCUGGAUGGGAGAAGAUGCUGAGCAGGAAGGAUAAGAUGAUGGACAAGCAGUUCAAGGACCCUAGCCAAAUAACAUGGGACAUUGUGAACAAGAAGUUCAAGGAGGUUGUGGCCGCCAGGGGGAAGAAGGGAACGUGGAGGAUGGAGCUUGUCGAGCAGCUUACUUUCCUGACUCGGGUCGCCAAGACGCCCGCCCAGAAGCUCGAGAUUCUCUUCAGUGUCGUCUCUGCACAGUUUGACGUGAACCCGAGCCUGAGCGGGCACAUGCCGAUCAACGUGUGGAAGCAGUGCGUGCAGAACUUGCUACUGAUACUGGAUAUCCUGACUCAGUACCCGAAUAUUGUAGUUGAUGAUAUGGUGGAGCCUGAUGAGAACGAGACGCAAAAAGGUGCCGACUUUAGUGGCACGAUUAGGAUAUGGGGUAAUUUUGUGGCAUUUCUCGAGAGGGUGGAUGUAGAGUAUUUUAAGAGCCUUCAGGUUACUGAUCCACACACACGUGAGUAUGUAGAGAGGCUUAAGGACGAGUCAAUGUUUCUGGUCCUUGCUCAGAAUGUCCAGGAAUAUCUGGAGGGAGCUCAGGAUUUCAAGGGUGCUUCCAAGGUGGCCCUCAGANNNNAGCUCGUGUACUAUAAGCCGCAGGAGGUAUAUGAUGCUAUGAGAAACCUGGCUGAGCAGGACAAUGAGGAAGCAUCUGAGGAAAAUAAAGCUGUUGAGGAAGGUAGGGGCCCACGUGCCUUUGUUGCCACUCCCGAGCUUGUGCCUCGUAGGCCGACUUUUCCGGAAAAUAGCAGGACUUUGAUGGAUAUCCUUGUCUCGCUUGUUUACAAGUAUGGUGAUGAAAGGACUAAGGCUCGUGCAAUGCUUUGUGAUAUAUACAACCAUGCCAUUUUUGAUGAAUUCUCCACUUCCCGGGACUUGUUGCUCAUGAGUCACCUUCAGGAUAAUGUACAACACAUGGAUAUUUCUACCCAGAUACUGUUCAACAGGACCAUGGCACAGCUUGGUUUGUGUGCUUUCAGGGUUGGGCUUUUUACUGAAAGCCAUAGUUGUCUCUCGGAACUGUAUUCGGCUGGCAGGGUGAAGGAACUGCUGGCACAGGGCGUCUCUCAGAGCAGAUACCAUGAGAAGUCUCUGGAGCAGGAACGACUGGAGAGAAGACGUCAAAUGCCCUACCACAUGCACAUAAACCUGGAACUUUUGGAAGCCGUUCACCUUAUAUGCGCCAUGCUCCUCGAGGUCCCUAACAUGGCUGCCAAUGUCCACGAUGCCAGACGCAAGGUCAUCAGCAAGAACUUCCGCAGGCUGAUCGAUACAAGCGAGUGCCAGACCUUCACAGGCCCGCCCGAGAAUGUCCGAGACCACAUCAUGGCCGCUACCCGGGCCCUCAGGCAGGGCAAUUUCGACAAGGCCUUUUUGGUCAUUAUGUCUCUCGAUGUCUGGAGGUUGCUCAGGAAUAAGGAUCACGUGCUUGCCAUGCUUAAGACCAAGAUCAAGGAGGAGGCCCUCAGGACCUAUCUCUUCACGUAUUCCUCCUCGUAUGACUCGAUCAGCCUCGACGACCUGUCUAAGAUGUUUGAUCUCUCGGAGGCCCAGACGCGGAGCAUAGUGAGUAAGAUGAUGAUUAAUGAGGAGCUGCAUGCCAGCUGGGACCUGCCGACGGGGUGCAUUGCGUUCCAUGAGGUGGAGCACACCAGAUUGCAGGCACUGGCUUUCCAGCUCACCGAGAAGCUCUUUCUCCUGGCCGAGACGAAUGAGCGCGCCAUUGAGGCCUGGAUUGGGGGGGUUUCCAUGGAGGGUGGCCUCCAGCUGAGGCGCAAGGAUGGGCAGGAUUAUGCUGGGCCUGCCGCCUCAGGGGGCAGCGGCAGGUGGCCGGAGUUGUCGAGCAGUGGCGGGAGGCAGGGGUAUAGUGCUGGUGGCAGUCGGGGAGUGGGCUCGGGUUAUAAUAGGGAUGGACAGGGAAGGUCCGGUCGUUAUCAGGGCUCAAGGAAUCAGGAUGGGGCAGGCCGGGCUUACCAAACGGGCUUGGGGGCUAGGGGUGGCAACGUAGAUGGGUAUACCCGGAUGGUUAACCUGAACACGGGGGUGCGCACGUGA